AUGCAAUCACUUUUCGAAGAAAUAGAAUAUUUACACAAAACUCCUUUCUGAAAGAAAGUGGAAAGCCAUCGUUCUUUAGAGACUGAUAAACUGUUAUAUCAAGGCAUGCUUUUAGAGCUCAAAUCUUCUGGAAAAACAAGGCAAAGUUUUUUUUCUUUGACAAACAAAUAUUUAUAUUCUUCCAAACCUGGGCACUUAAAGCCAAAUAAGCAAGCAGUUAUAAAAUUUAGAGUAAUUGAGCCAUUUAUAGAAGAAAGAGAGGAUACUGUCAAAUAUGGUUUUCAAAUUAUUUUGCAUAAACAUAGCAAAAUAUUUUACACAUCUUCGAUGAAAGAACUAGAUAAAUGGAUGGACUAUCUAGCAAUGGUUGGGAUCAUGACAAAAAUUGAAGAUGAUUAUCAAAUAAUGAAGCUCCUCGGGAAAGGGAGCUAUGCAAAUGUGUACUUAGCCAGAGACCUUUGUACAGAUAAAGAGUAUGCAAUAAAAUCAAUUGAUAAAUCACUUAUUAAAAGUAAAAAUACUUUUAAUGGGAUGGUGAAUGAAAUUGAUAUUCUCAGAACUCUGGAUCAUCCGAAUAUUGUCAAGAUCCAUAAAGUUUAUGAAUCUGAAACCCACAUACAAUUAGUCCUCGAUUAUAUAAAAGGUGGAAGUCUUUUAGCCAGAUUGCAUAAUGAAGGCCCUUUAUCAGAAAAACAAUCAAGAAAAUUCAUGAAAAAACUACUGGAAUUACUUGUAUAUUUAGAAGAUUCUAGCAUAAUUCACAGAGACAUUAAGCUUAAUCUUAAUCUUAAUUAUAUGUUAUUGAGUAGCUCCCCGGCCAGGACCGUAGGUCCUUUUCUUCUAUUUUUGGCCGCAUCGCUUGCUUUCCUUGCCCUGCUCCCAGUGUACACCUAAGUGCCACAGGCUGCCACUUGCCUCCUUCCGGUCAUGGGGCUUAGUCAUGAAAUUCCGGAAGUAGGCGGACUGGGUCACCAUGCUUCACGUCUUCGACUAGGUUAGAGCUAGGGAUUAGCUCCCUAGCUCUUAUCAGCAUCUGCUGUGCCGUCGAUUUGGGCACCAGCUGUCCCUAGAGGAAAACCCUUUUUUUCCCAUGUCCCGUCGGGACGAUCCGAAAAUCGUCAUUGCUGGACCGGGAGGGAAAACCUAGCCGGACACAAAUACCAGUACCCAUGCCAGACUUUUCACUGAGUGGAUUAACUUCAGGCCGCAGCAAGGUCCCCAAUCACACUAGAGGUUCGGGAGAGGACGGGUCGGUGUCGUCGCCAUUUUAUUUGUGUCAGAGACAUUAAGCUAGAAAACAUUUUAUUAUUGUCUGAAAAAAGCACUUCACAUUUUAAAUUGAUAGAUUUUGGCUUUUCAGGGUAUUUAAAAGAUAAAGAAACCGCAUAUUGUGGGACUCCUGGAUAUAUGGCUCCUGAAAUUAUUAGAAAUAUUCCAUAUGGCCUAAAAGCUGACGUUUUUAGUGCAGGAAUACUAUUGUAUAUACUUUUAUAUAAUCAAUCUCCCUUUACAGGUGACACAGCAAAUGAAGUGAUUGGUAUUUUAAAAAAUAGAAGAAAAAAUUUUAAAAAAAUUAUCAUAUUUUGCUAAAAAUUUAUAUGCAUGAAGUCAUUGAAAGUAACAAAAGAUGCAAAAUAUUUUUUGAUAGCAAGUAUUUUCUAAUGGCCUCUUGCGAAGCAAUCCAUACUAUUAUGGAAAUGACCAGCUCCAGUCCAGCAGCUAGACUUAAUGCAAAAGAGCUACUAAAGCUCAGAUGGUUUACAAAGGAAAAAUCAAAUGGCAGACUAAAAAGUAGGACACAUACUGAUGACAUCAUUUGCGCUGAUUCUGAUAAAAAGAGAAAAAGAGGAAGUAUGUCACACAAAACAAAAGGCCAUGAAUUAGAAAAAAAUUAUGUAAAAAAUAGGUCAAAUGUAAAAAAUGAAAAUAGAGCAAGAAGUAAAUCCUUAUAUGAAAUAAAAGAUGAAGGCUCAUAG